UGUACAGUCACAACUUUUCAAACGUAUCUUUGGUUAUGGAACGAAACUUCUUCAAAUUCCUGCAUGGAACACUUGAAGCUUCCAUCUUCUAUGCUACAGCCUACGAUCCAUCCUCUCCCUGCAGUGAUGCAUUUCAGUGUAUAUGCGUGGGAGAGAAGCCUUCAUACGUGACCAUCAAGCUCAAUGAAACCAAAGUGGCAGAGACGACCCACGAACUCGACCGUACAUGGAACCAAUCCUUCCAAAUUCUUUGUGCUCAUUCCUCCGAUUCGACAAUGAUAGUCAUAACACUGAGGACUAGAUUUUCCAUCCUGGGCAAGAUCCACAUCCCAGCCCACCAGUUGUUAAAUAAUGCUUCCCUUCAUGAUGGUUUCUUCCCUCUCCUCACGGAGAAAGGAAAGCCAAUCCCGAAACUCAAGCUCCGGUUCCGCCUAGGUUUUAAGCAUGCGGAAUCCGACCGGCAUUGGGGUAGAGGGUUUGCACAUGGCACGUUCUUGGGCAUCACCAGCGGCGUGACCUUCCACCAACGUUCCAAUUGCGCAGUCACGCUGUAUCAAGAUGCACACCACAGGCCUUGCUUUCAACCACCACUUCAUAUGGAUGGAGGGCAGAUGUACCAGUCAAGGAAGCUGUGGGAGGAUAUCUACAAGGCCAUGGACGGCACCAAGCAUUUGAUAUACAUAGCUGGCUGGUCUCUCAACCCUAAGAUAGUACUGGUAAGAGAUCCAGAAACUGAAAUUCCACAAGCGAAGGGAGUUACGAUUGGGGAGCUGUUGAAGCGUAAGGCAGAGGAGGGAGUAGCAGUUAGGAUCAUGCUCUGGGACGAUGAAACAUCGCUGCCCAUUAUCAAGAACAAAGGGGUGAUGAGAACUCACGAUCAAGACGCUUUCGACUACUUCAAGCACUCAAAGGUGGUGUGCCGGUUAUGCCCGAGGAUGCACCAUAAAUUCCCUACAUCCUUCGCCCACCACCAAAAGACGAUCACCGUUGACAUCCAGUCAAGCAUUGGUCAUAGAGAGAUCAUGAGCUUCGUUGGCGGUUUGGAUCUCUGUGAUGGCCGCUAUGAUACGGAGGAGCACUCGUUGUUCCGAACACUCAACACCGAAUCUCACGCUGAUGAUUUCUACCAGAUCAAUUUCGACGGUGCUAGCCUCCACCGAGGUGGACCACGAGAGCCCUGGCAUGACACCCAUGCCUCCAUCACAGGCCAAGCUGCUUGGGAUGUGUUGAUAAACUUCGAGCAACGUUGGAUGAAACAAUGCGAGCCUUGUUUGCUCUUAUCCACCGAUGAGAUCUCCGAUCUCAUCCAACCAUCCAUCAUGGUAGGACACGAUUACAAUUGGAAAGUUCAAGUCUUUCGAUCAAUUGACCACAUCUCGGCGAGGCCCUUGCUGGAUGAUGUCUGUGUUGCUGAGUGCAGUAUCCAUGCAGCUUACGUAGAAGCCAUUCGCCGGGCAGAAAGGUUUGUUUACAUUGAGAACCAAUAUUUCAUAGGUGGUUGCAAUAUGUGGGAAAAGGAUCAGCGAUGCAGGUGCAAGAACUUGAUCCCGGUGGAGAUAGCCCUGAAGUUGGCGAGUAAGAUACGGUCAAGGGAGCGGUUUGCAGUGUACAUUGUGAUCCCGAUGUGGCCUGAAGGGGUACCAGAGAGCGAGAGUGUUCAAGAUAUACUGCACUGGACAAGGUUGACUAUGUCGAUGAUGUACCGGUUGAUCGGCGAAGCAAUUGGAGAAACUGGUGUGGGAGUUCACCCGAUGGAUUACUUGAACUUCUUCUGCCUAGCCAACAGGGAGAAGGUGGUGAGAGGGGAGUUUAUUCCACCUUCUUCGCCUCAGCACACAAGUCAAUAUUGGAGAGCACAAAUGCAUAGAAGGUUCAUGAUCUACGUUCAUUCCAAGCUUAUGAUAGUGGACGAUGAGUACAUCUUGAUAGGGUCGGCGAAUGUGAACCAACGAUCGAUGGAUGGGAGAAGAGACACUGAGAUAGCAAUAGGAUGCUAUCAGCCUGACUUCACCGGCGAAAGGAGAGACAGUAGCGAUGUUCACAAGUAUCGGAUGUCACUCUGGUACGAGCACACCAGGCGCAUUGAGCAAGUCUUCCUAGAACCGGAAAGUGUAGAGUGUGUGAGGAGGAUGGUGGGCAUUGGAGAGGAAACGUGGAUGGCAUACAGUGGGGAGGACGUAGUAGACAUGGAAGGAGUGCAUCUUGUCAACUAUCCCGUGAGGGUAACAAAGGAAGGAUGUAUUGAGGAAAUUGGGGAGGAUGGUGGGACAUUCCCAGACACCACCGCGCUUGUUAGGGGAAAGAGAUCUAAGCUUCUUCCUCCCAUUUUCACCACUUAAUUUUUGUAUGAUCGUAACAUCGGUAAUAAUCUUCCUGUAUACGCAUAGGUGGAUCAUCUUAUUUUAUAGUUAGAUUUUUAUUCAAAUACUCAUUAUGUAGAAAAAAUUUAAAUACUAAAUAAGAUAAUCUGCAUCUACCUAUUUC